UUUUCUCCUGAUUGAUGAUGUGGUGAUACGGGGCGCAGUCCGACUUGUCCCAGGCAGCCCCUCCAAUGUGGAGGAACCUUCAUCCACAUCCUCAUCCUCCUGUCCCUCCAGAUCCAGAGCCUCAUGUCUAGGACACAAGGGCACCUGGGGAGGUGGGAUAGGCUGAGAGGCGCUCUGCCUGCAGCUCCAGACAAGGACUUGUUUCCAUCCCUCGUGCUCCCUGAGGUCCCUUCCUCCUAUCUGACUGCUGGAGGGUGGAUCAUCCACCGCUACUUGAAGAGCAUCUCCCUGCUACACGCCCUGCCUGCACCCGCUGUCUGUACACCCAGCUUGCACCCCUGCCUGCACCCCUGCCUGUGCUGUCUGCCACAACAAGCCCUUCCAAUGCACAGCUCUGGUUCCUGUUUCCCGUCUUGUUGGCUGCACUGCCUGGGCCCCUUACUCUUCCCCCCAGAGGGGGAAGUCAGCCUGCUUCCUUCUGCCCACCCACAUCAGAGCCUCCGUGCUGCUCAGGGUGCAGCUGGGACGGCUGCCUCACUCCCCCCCAGCUUCCUAGAGCUGCUUUCUUGUGGGUUUUUGUCAUGAUUCAGACCCUCUAAGAACGGAUCCUGGCGUGAGACUCCGCAGCAAAGCUGAUCCAUUCCAGCUCUCGUCUCCUGCAGCUUCUUCCCUCAUUUUCUUCCAAAAAUUCUUCCCAAUCUUCUGUCCCAGCCUUCUUCCCCAUCUCCUCCAUCAUCUCCUUCUCAGUCUCCUUCCUCUCUCUCCUUUCCCCAGUUCCUUCCCCCCUCCUCUUCUCCAGCACAGAUGCGCUUCGGAUUGGGCUGCAACCACCCCAGGUCCGCCCUCCCCUGGAGGAGCCUCCUGCCUCAUCUCCUGGCUCUGCUCCUCCUCCACCUGGGAUCAGCCCAGAUCAGGGUGGUGGCACCCAGCCCCCGUGUCACUGCCAUCGUGGGACAGGACGUCGUGCUGCGCUGCCACUUGUCCCCUUGCAAGGAUGCUCGGAGCUUGGACAUCAGAUGGAUCCAGCACCGGUCCGGUGGGAUUGUGCACCACUACCAAGAUGGAGUGGACCUGGACCAGAUGGAGGAAUAUAAAGGGAGGACAGAACUGCUCAGGGACGGUCUCUCUGAUGGAAACCUGGAUUUGCGCAUCACUGCCGUCACCUCCUCCGAUAGCGACUCGUACAGCUGCACUGUGCAGGACGGUGCAGACUAUGCAGAUGCUGUGUUGAACCUGGAGGUGUCAGAUCCUUUUUCCCAGAUCACCCGUUCCUGGGCAGCGGCUCUGGCUGUGGUCGUCACACUUCUGCUUGGGUCAUUUGUCAUCAUUGUUUUUCUCCAUAGGAAGCAAGCGGAACCGCGCAGAGAGCUGAGUGAGUCCUUGCAGCCCCUUCCACCACCAAAGUCCCUUGAAUGGAACUGAUAGAAGACUGCAGAGUGCUGGGUCUAUGUGAUGGGUUGGGGCCAUGAGAUCUUUGGGGCCUUGGGAUGUGUUGGGGCCAUGGGAUGAUCUGAUUUUUUUGGAUGUGUCGAUCCUGAUUGAUCCACGUGCAUAACUCCUGCCUGAUCCAUUACUUCCCAUUGGUUUAACUCCUUCUUGGGACCAAAAUCGUGACUGGUCACUUAGCAGUGCAAAAAGAUUAGGGGUUUAGGCAUGGGAGCAGCCAUGGGAUGAGAAUCUGUUCUCUCUGAACCUGAAUUUCCUUUGCUUCUAUUUUGCAGGGAGAAAAAAUGAAGAGUUGGGUAAGUCUCCUUCCCCAAACUGAGGGAACUCAGGCUCUCCCCAUGGCAUGAGCCGUGGGAUGAGCAGCUGUCCCCUCUGACCAUGAAUUUCCUUUGCUUCUAUUUUGCAGGGAUAAAAGAUGCAGAGUUGG